AUGGAUGAAAAUAAUCUUCUUCAGCUAUCAAAUCAGAAAGCUACAGCACAAGAAAUGGAGGUAGGAACAUUAUUAAUGCAAGCAAACAAAGCUUCCAUCAAUGAACAUAUGUUACUUGAAGAAGGAAUGUCAAGCACAACAAAUGAGGGAAUCAAUGUGGCAUACAUACCUCACCUUGCUGAAGAAGUAGCUGAUUUUAUAAUUGAAGACAAUUCAAAAAGAGAAAAGAGAUUGGAGGAAAUUGAAAUAUUCAAAACAAAAAGAUCAGAAAGAAGAGAGUACCUGGUUACCUGCGCAUAUGACACAUGCAGCUGGUUUGUGAGAGCUUCUAAAUACAGAAAUCAAGAUUUAUUCAAGGUACGAAAAUGCAUUCCAAAUCAUACUUGCUUUGUUGAAAUUGUUAUGGAGGAUCAUAGGCAAGCAAAAAGCAUCAUAGUUGGGGAAUUAAUAAAGAAUAAGUACAAGUCAGUCAAAAGAAAUUAUACUCCAAAUGACAUCAUGAAUGACAUGAAUGAUUACUUUGGAGUAACCAUGGGAUACACAAAAUCAUGGAGAUCAAGAGAAAAAGCUUUGCUUCUAGUAAGAGGGAACCCUGAUGAUUCAUAUCAAAAGUUGCCAAUGUAUCUUCACAUGUUGAAGCAAGCAAAUCCAGGAACAGUAACACAUCUGCUCACAGACAAUGAAGAUAGAUUCAAAUACUUGUACAUAGCUUUCUCCAACUCAAUCAAAGGUUGGAGAUACUUGAGGCCUAUUAUUGUUGUUGAUGGAACUUUUUUAAAAAAUGCACAUGGCGGCACACUAUUUUCAGCAUCAACAUUAGAUCCAAACAACAACAUUUUUGUCUUGGCUUUUGGAAUAGCAGACUCAGAAAAUGAUAACUCUUGGCUUUGGUUCUUCUCCAAACUGAGAGACACAUAUGGAGAACCCGAAGGAUUGGCUAUUGUUUCCGACAGACACAAUAGCAUAGAGAAUGCAGUACAUAUAGUGUACCCAAAUGCGUUCCAUGGAGCUUGCAUGUAUCACUUGCUCAAUAAUUUGAAAAGCAAGUAUGGAAACCAUGGAGAACAGCUACAAAUGAAUUUCAUUGCAGCAGCAAAAGCAUACACAAAAAUAGAAUGUGAACACUACAUGAGAAGCUUUGAUAGACUUGACAGACGCAUUAGACCCUAUUUAGAGAAAGCCAAAUAUGAAACUUGGGCAAGAUCAUACUCACCAACAAAAAGAUACACCAUGAUGACAUCCAACAUCGCAGAAUCGCUCAACGCUGCACUAAAAGCUGCAAGAAAUCUCUCUAUUGAUAUCUUGGUUGAAUGUCUUAGAAGUUUGGUUCAAAAGUGGGUUUGGAACAAUUCAAAUAAUGCAAAUGGAACAUUCACAAAAGUGUCUACAGCAACAGAAAAUGAAUUGAGACAUGACAUUGUUUCAAAAAUGAAGUAUGAGGUCUUGCCUUUCAACCCAAUAGAAUAUCAAGUUCGUGAUGAAAAAAGGACCAAUUUCACAGUAAAUAUUCACAAUAGAACUUGUACAUGGAAUAGGUUUCAAGAAGAUGAAAUGCCUUGUGGGCAUGCAGUAGCUGUAAUUGCAAAGAGAAACUUGGGAGUAUAUGAUUACUGUGCAAAGUUUUACAAAACAGAAACUUUGAAAGCAAUGCAUGAAGAAAAUGUUCAUCCUUUGCCCCAUAAAGAUGAAUGA